CCCAACCUGGUCUGCUGAACGCAAACCGCUGAGAGUUUGCUGCACCGCCCCCUGGGGCCCCGGGCUGCCGAGUUCCGCUAAGGCAAAGACGCAGCAAGCGAGGGAGCGCAGCGGAAGAAAAACAAGCGGGCGCGCGAGGGGAGCCCCAGGAGGGCGACCGGGUGGCUGGCAGGCAGCUCCCGCCCCGCCAGGGUGGCCUCGCCGGCGGCUGACGGCCCGGAGGACUCGCGCUCCGAAAAGUUAGACUCUGGGAGGCGGCGCGCCACGCCGCGUCUCCUCGCGUCCCUUCCUCUCUGUGCUCUGGGAAAGGAACUUGGUCCUCCGGCCCCUGGAGAGGGGAGUGUGCCGCGGGCCGAGGGUGGGGAGCAGCCAGCGGGAGACGCGAACGAGGCCGCUGGCGGAGGGCGCAGGGCGAGCGCAGAGGCGACGGCCCCCAUGCCGGCGGCCAACAUGAUGGAGAACCGGCCGCUGCCCGCCCUGCAGGUGCCCGAGCCGCAGGGCGCGGCUGAGGGCAGCCCGGUCUGGUCCAGUUCGUCGACCCCCACGCUUCGCCGCCGGCGCUUCAAGAUGCGCCGCAUGAAGAACGUACAGGAGCAGAGCCUGGAGGCGGGGCUGGCCCGGGACCUACCCGGCGUCUUGACCCCCGGCAAAGAGUUCCUGCAGCUGCCGUCCAUCGAGAUCACGCCCUCCAGCGACGAAGACACCCCGUGGUCCAACUGCUCCACACCCAGCGCGUCCCCGCGCCGAAAACGCUUCCUCCUCCGCAAGUGGCUGAGGGUGAGGGAGCGGAAGGAGUGCAGUGAAAGCAGGCAGGUUUUACAGCUGAGGAACCCGAAGUUCAGAGAUUAACACUCUCCUGGUCCAACAGAAGCCAAGGCUGGGAUUUGAAGCCUGUCCUGAUUCCAAAGCCUGAGCUCAUUACAGCUCCACUCUCCUAUCCCCCCAGGGCCUGGAAGCAGUCGGCCCUCCCCCGCGUGAGAACGUGCAGAUGUGGAGGGGGAGGUUCUGAAGGAAGGUAGGAAUGUGGGCAGUCGAUGAGAUGUGUGUGAGGGUUGUGGGAAGCAGACAGGUGUGAGGAUCAUGCUGCUGAUGGUCUAGGUGGACUCCUCCGUGAGAAGCAGCUAGCCCUUGGCUGUAGAUGUGGUUUCUAGAUUAAAACAAUUUGUGGAAACUGAGACGGUGGAGAUGGAACCCUGUGGGCUGAUUUCAUACUGACCAGCUUCCUCUGUGGGAGUUGGUAUUUUGAAAAUUUCCUUGGUGGUUAUGCACUCAGAGGGUGCCAAUUACACAUCAGGCAAGAGGCUGGGAUGAAGAUGAGGCAGAUGCACAGGUGAUCAUUCUGCCCUAGUUGGUGCGUUUCUCCCAGGUAUUAUAUAUCCUCCAGUUGCUAUGCUGGUCACUGGUAAUUGCUUCUAGGGUAACGCAGAAGUUAAGGAGUCUGAAUGGCUAAGCUGCCAGUGGGGAAUUUUUUUCCUGACCCCAGUGGACAAACUGCUGGCCCUGAAGCAGGUGUUUAGACCUGGAGCCAAGGCUGGCCCGGAGAGCCCGGAGGUGGUUGCUGGGUUGCUGUGUGUACAAGAGCUUGAUGAAAACUGAGGGUUUUUCCUGAGGCAUUUGCCCCCUUGAGAUUCUUUCCUCCAUAGCACAUAUGGGUGUGUGACUUGCCAAGGGGCUGUUGUGCCUGGUGUGAGGAGGGACACAGCUUCUCAUUGUCUUGGCGGGUGGGAAUCUGUGAGCUCUUCUCCUGUGACUCUGGAGCCUGGAAGGAAGUGUCCUCUCAGAGGAGACUUGUUUUGGUUCUCUCAGGGACUCAGAACAGAAAAUCGAAUGUGGAUUUUUCAGUGGGAGAAGGGAAGCAGGAUGGUGAUGCCUCAGCUGGUGAGGAGAUGUCGGGCAGUAGCCAGCCACUCCCUGCCACCAUAGGCAGCAGCCUCCUAAACACACUCCUGUUUUCAAAUAUCUUCUUCUGUUUUCAGACCACAUGUCUGGAUUUUCCAUUCAGAUAUUGUCAUAUAGCUUGAAAUCCUCGCUAGGAAAAUGUGGCUAUGCCUUUGGUCCCUUUGUGGAAGGGAAGGAUAAAGAAAACCAUGGGUUUUUCCUUUGAGGCCCUGACACAUUGGGUAGUCAGAGGGUGUGAAGCCCUUCUGUGUCCUCUGUAUGUCCUCGAGCUGGGAUGAGACUCCGGUUGUCCAAUUCUGAUCUGUAGAUGACCAGGCACGUCACUGAGGCAGCGCGGGGUCAGAGCUGAAACUCAGGCCUCUGACCUGAAAUCUCGACCAAUUUCUAACAGACCUAUUACGUCCCUGCAGCAGCCUCAUUCUUUCUAAGGUCUCUCCCUCUCAGCACAUCACUGUGGUCAAGCCUGUUCCCCCACCCAGCCUGGUGCCUCUUCCCUCCACAAUCUGACCACAGAGAUUUUCAGUCUUGCUGCUUCUGGUAGGCGAGUUUAUCCAGGAAAUGAUGGAGCUGAGGGAGAUGACUAGAAAAACAAUAAGCAACCUAUGUGGUUUUUGCAGCCAUUGAAAAAUAAUUUUCUUGGGGGGGAGAUGGGCACCCAGUUUGGGGAUGGUAACCCUUGCAAUAUUUGCCCCAGCAAUUAGGAAAAUACAGAAAGGUAAUGGAUGGUUAGUUUAGUGACACAUUUUUGAGACUCUCCAAGAGUCUUCAAGCUUGUUGUCUUAAAAGGAAUCAUUUAAAAAGAUGUAGUGCUUGUGCGCUGAAGUGAGCACAAGAAAUCAUUUUCUAUGCCAUAAAAGUCAACGCGGCCGGGUGCAAUGGCUCACGCCUGUAAUCCUAGCACUUUGGGAGGCUGAGGCAGGCAGAUAA